AUGCAUCGAAUAUCGUCUUUCUUACUGUUUCUGAGCUAUGCUUCUGCAGCCAAAGUCGACGACAGUGUGCAUUAUUUCGUCACAUUCGAUACUGCCGAGAAUGGGCUUGCAGGUGGUCAAUUGUUAGAGGAAGAAAACGAGAAAGCGCUCAAGGACGAUAAUUCAUUGCGGAUAUCCACACAAAAUAAUGAGAACUAUAUCUGCAAGCUGCCAAAGCCAACAACUACAAGCGCUCCUGCGAAUUAUGACAAUCCUCCGAAAAGGGUCAUAGAUGGGGAAGAAUAUGCGUAUUAUCCUGUAUUAUACAGCCAAGGAACUACUUGUGAUAUCACAGGAAAGCCAAGAACGACAACUGUUAUGUACAUAUGCGUUGAAAGCGCACGCAACCAGAUUCACUCGUUGAGCGAAGUUUCGUCAUGUAACUACGAAGUGAUUGUAUUAACCUAUGCGCUCUGUUCUCAUCCCAGCUAUAAACGCAAGGUGAAAGAGAAUCAGGAAAUUGUUUGCUAUAGCACACAUGAUACUGAACACGCAAAGCCAACUUCUCUUCUUGCCAUGGAGGAUCAUCACCAAAGCACCUUCAAAAGGGAAUACUCUCUCGGUCCGGAAAAGCCUGCUGCCGACAUUGAGCAUAUUGAGCGAGUAGAAAAAGCUAUUGAGCAGAUGCAGCAGCAGUUUGAAAACAAGGAAAAGACGUUGAAGCUUGCCGGCCAGAAGAAAUAUCAAGGUGUAGAUACCCUUGCAAACAACCGGUUGAUUGUUGAGGACACUGUGAAUCGCAUCCUCUCUGGAAGGGAGUGUAUCUAUGGCGGCGAUGGGUGGUGGAGAUAUGAAUUCUGUUAUGGGAGAAGUGUUUUGCAAUACCAUCAAGAACCUAAUGGUGACCGCACGGAGAUAUUGCUCGGAACAUUUGAUGAAAAAGUGCACAAGGCCUGGGUUGACGAAGACAAAACUCAUCGAUCUCCGAAGAAGUAUAACAAUCAAGUUACACAAGUAUCUCAUCUCUAUGUGAAAGGAGAUAUUUGUCACGAACUCAAUGCCCAC